AUGGCAGCUCCUCAGCCGCUGGUGCAGUAUUUGGUUCUAAGGGGGGACUUGGCGCGGGCGCCGUUCUCGUGGCCAUUAGGUGCGCUGGUGGCGCAGGGUUGUCAUGCAGCCAUCGCGGCCCUGCACGCCCACCGUGACCACCCAAAUACAGAGGCUUACCUCCAGGAUCUGGGGAGCAUGCGCAAAGUGGUCCUCGAGGCUCCAGAUGAAGCUGCCCUGAUGGCACUGGCUGAGACACUGAAACAGAACAACAUUGACUACAUGCUGUGGCUGGAGCAACCAGAAAACAUUGCUACCUGUAUAGCUCUUCGGCCUUACUCAAAAGGGGAAGUAAACCCACAUUUGAGGAAGUUCAAGUUAUUGAAGUGACUAUCAUCUGUGAGAGCUGUUUUGGACAAAUGGGAUCCAGAGUCUACAUGCAAGCCAACUCUUAGCAUUUCUGCAAAAACUGUGUCAAUAACUCAUUGACAAACCCCACAUUUGCCCUCAGUACUAGCAAUUUCUUUAGAGGUAGUUGCAAGCAGGUUAAUUUUUGUGUAAAUUUCCACUAAUAAACAAUUCCUCUUUCUGUGAAGGUAGGAAAUACGGAUGAACAACAUCAGGACUCUGCCGAUUAUUGCAUUACUUUGUGACUUGGUUAGGUGCUUAUUGCACCAGGGAGCGCUCUCUGUCUGGGUGGCCUUUAAAGUUUUAUGUGAAUAAAGAAAGGAGCUGCCUCUAGUCUUCUUUUUCAAGCAGCAUCUAGUUAUAAUGAGGAUAAUAACUGAUUCAUUUAGUACUUUUAACAUUUAAAAGCAUAUCAUAGGAUUAAGAUCUGGAAGAUAUCUUAAAACUGAACCAGAUCUUUCUUUUUUGUACCAGGGAGCCUUUUGGUAAGUCUGAAGCCUGUGGACCCAUUCUCAGAUUAAUGUUUUUGAUUGCAUAAAAUAAAAAAUACAGUAUUACAAAUGAAACCAAGCA